AUGGCGGAAGAUCAGUCUCCAUCGCGGAAGAUCGGUCUCGAUUGUAGAAGAGGUUCAUUGUUCCAGAAUCUGUAUCUUGAGAGCAUGGCUUCAACAUCACCGACGUUCAUCUCAGCCAUUGUCAAUCUCACUCCUGCAAUCGCCUUUCUGCUCUGCCUAGCUUUCAGGUUGGAGAGCUUAUCAGCUAAAAGACAUGCUAAGAUAAAAGUAGCAGGAGUUGCGUUGAGCAUUGUGGGGGCAGCACUCUUGGCCUCUUUCAAACGCUUAGAAAUUAACCCUUGGCCAGUCAAAUUUGGCUUCCUACAACUGCAGCAGCAACAAAAGCAUAUCGACAAUCAAAUGAUGGGCUUAAUUCUAGCCCUACUUUCUACACUAAGCAAUGCAUCCUUCUUGACAAUUCAGGCCAAGUUCGAGGUUAAGAGUGGCAACAUUUUCCUUCUCCCGUUCUUGAUGAAUCUAAUGGCUGCCAUUCAAUCAGUUGUCUAUGCUCUGUUUGCUGAGAAAGAUAAGACACAGUGGAAAUUGGGAUGGAAUGUCAGGCUCUGGGCUGCAUGUUCUGCAGGAGUGUUGGGGUCGGGGCUGUCAACCACCAUUAUCACAUGGUGUAUUUCAGAGAUGGGGCCUUUGUUCGUGUCCACCGCCAACCCCUUUGGAUUGAUUCUUAUGACAGCCACUGGCUACUUCCUUCUGGGCGAGAAGUUGCAUGUCACAAGCUUGGCAGCAAUUGCAUUAAUCAUAGUAGCCAUAUUGCUGAUACUAUGGGGAGAAGUCAAAGAAUUAUCUGACAAGGAAGCUGAGCGCUCUGAUCAUCAGGAAGUGGAAUUAGGCGCUGUAAGGGAAGCCUAA